AUAAGUCUACAGUUUCAGAGGCCCCAUCAACGGCCUAGAAGGCUUUGGAAAACGGUUCAUAUGUGUUGAACAAUCUGUUCAAACUUUUCUGCUUAAAAAUUGUGUAAAGUUAGUUAAAUUCUCUAAAAUAUGGGUAAGAUAAAAUGUGACCGCGAGCUGUUUCGCAAGCUCCUUUGCGAGUUUACGGGAACCGCCAUGCUUUUGGCCUUGGGAUGCACUCUGAGCGUUGGAAUACGUGGCGACGAGCUUGGAAUUGGUUGGGGUCUCGUAUACACUAUAGUCCUGCACACUUUUGCAUUCUUAUGUGGGGCACACGUAAAUCCUUCGGUGUCUAUCUGCGCCACAAUACUUGGACACAUGGACUGGGCAUUGAUGCUGCUGUACAUUUUAAUGCAGUUUCUUGGAUCCUUUCUGGGCUUCGGCUUGGCCUAUGCAGUAACUCCUCGGUUUAGUGGAGACAUUUGCUUGACCGUAACAGGAGGCGUCAAGGAAUGGAAAAUGUUAUUGGUGGAGUUCAUGCUAAUAUCGAUACUACUAUUAACCUUUUGUUCCAUUUGGGAUAAACGAAAUGCCGGUGGAUUCGAUUCGCUCUCUGUGCGUGUUGGAUUCGUGAUUGCAGGACUUUUUUACGCCGGACACCGGUACACUGGUAGCAGCAUGAACUUUGUGCGCACUUUUGCUCCAGGAGUCGUACAAUUAGAAUUUAAAGGCAUGUGGACCUAUUUUGUGGCACAUAUGCUGGGAGCGGUACUCGUGCCGCUGCUAUGGCGUUUCGUUUUGGCCGAAAAAUCAUCGGAUACACCGUCGGAAGCUACCAUUGCCACGGCCAAGUAGAAAAGUAUUUUCAUAAAUUAAUGUGACAAAAGCUUUUUGAAAUGAAACUCACACUGCUGCAGUACUUUAAAGUAAAAGGGUGGCAGCAUUACUGAAGGACCGAAGCGCCCUCUAUCACGGAGUAGCAAAAGGUUUACAAAUUUUGAAUUUGCUUUUGCCAUCUAUCAGCUCAUAGCAAAGUAUUACCAAAUUGUUUGUAAAUCUAAUGAAGAAUUUUUAUUGCCUUAUUUGUGGAGUAAAAUAAUAAACUUUGUUGUAAAAUCAUUAAACCAA